GCCAUUUUCACUGCCUUCUGCGGUCAUGUGACCUUGGUUUGCGAAAGAGGCUGAAAGUGUCAGGAAGGAUUGCAGCAUGGGUUUCGUCUCAGCAGGAGGGCUGCUCUGCACUGCUCUGAUUCUCACCACUCUGCGGCCUUGUAUAGCGGAGGAGCCGAGGAGCCCGCCUAACAAGAUAGCAAUUGUAGGUGCUGGAAUCGGAGGUUCAUCCGCUGCCUAUUUUCUGCGUCAGACGUUUGGCAAACAUGUCCAGAUUGACUUAUAUGAGAAAGAAGAGGUUGGGGGUCGACUGGCUACUUUGGAGAUGGAGGGGAACCUCUAUGAGGCCGGGGGGUCUGUUAUUCAUCCACUGAAUAUCCACAUGAAAACUUUUGUGAAAGAGCUGGGUCUGUCGCCUCGCUCACCCUCGAAUAGUCUGGUUGGGAUCUACAAUGGAGAGCAGUUUGUUUUCCAAGAAAGCGAAUGGUUCCUGAUUAAUGUCAUAAAAAUGCUGUGGCAGUAUGGGCUGAAUUUCCUGCGAAUGUACAUGUGGGUGGAAGACAUAAUGCAUAAGUUCAUGAGGAUUUAUCGCUAUCAAACCUUCGAGUAUUCAUUCUCCAGCACAGAGUCUUUGCUUCAUGCUAUGGGCGGGCGAGACUUCACUGCAUUCCUAAACACAACAAUCAGCGAGACGCUGGAGAAAGCUGGCUUCUCGCACAGAUUCAUUGAAGAGAUAGUGACUCCCGCCAUGCGAGUCAACUAUUUGCAAGGAGUCAAAAUUAACAGCUUUGUCGGUGCUGUGUCUCUGGCUGGCACUGACUCUGGCCUCUGGUCUGUAGAAGGUGGUAACAAGCUCGUAUGUACAGGUCUACUCUAUGCUUCCAAUGCCAAUCUAAUUCGCGGCACUGUCACAUCGGUGCAAGAGAAAACUCGUUCACUGAAAUCUGGAGAUACUCUGAAAUUUUAUGAGGUGAAUUCUGAGACGGACAAUGGUUCCCAACAGGUGCUGUACGACAUUGUUAUCAUUGCAGCUCCACUUAACAAAGGACUUUCCAGCAUAAAAUUCCUAAACUUUGAUCCUCCCAUCGAGACCUUUUUCAAGCCCUACCAGCAAACAGUCACUACUUUCAUCCAUGGGCAGCUUAACGCUUCAUUUUUUGGGUGCCCAGAGCCUUGUUCAAAUGAACUGUCUGAUAUCCUAACCACAGAUAACCCCAAUCUGUUUAUUAACAGCAUUCGUGCUGUGUCUCCAGUGAAAUCUACAGGAGAAGACGCCUCAAAAUCUACAGACCUUAAAGUGUGGAGGGUGUUCUCGCCUGAGCCUCUGACCAAGGAUCAACUGCAUCUGCUGUUCAAGUCUUACCACGCUGUUAGCUCAAAGACAUGGCUGGCAUAUCCUCGAUACAACCCCCCAGAAAAGAUGCCUCCCAUCAUUCUUCAUAACAGGAUCUACUAUAUCAACAGUAUCGAGUGGGCAGCUAGUGCCAUGGAAAUGAGCGCUGUCUCAGCCAAGAAUGUGGCCCUGCUCUCCCACCAUCGAUGGUAUGGCAAAGAUCAAAAGAUUGACCAGGAGAAUAUAUCAGAGAAGCUCAAGUCCGAGUUGUAAUUGGUUUCCUCUAUAAAGAGGCUAAGUGGUCUAUUUUGUUCUUUUUUCCCUUUUUUAAUUUAAAGGGAAAUACUUAAUGCCUUUGAUAACUAGAAAAAAUUAUUUUAGUAUAUGGGGUGAAACACAUUAAAGGAGAAGGAAAGUCAACAAUCACUGGGGGGUGGUACCAAAAGUUAGCCCCUCCCCUUCCCCAGCGAUUGUUUUCACUUACCUGAUAGAACUGUCCCAAGGUAUCAGAAGAAAUCUGACCCUGCCUGGGAUUCUUCUAAGCAAGCGCCACGGAGCUUCUUCCUCCUGCUUCUUUUUUUCGUGUGGUGUGCCUGUGGAGUAGAGUGAAUAGGCGAAGUUUAACAAAAAGCCGUAUUUUUCACUCUACUGCACAUGCGUCUGCCCUGGGAUAGCAAAGAAAGAAGAAUAGUGGAGGAUUGCUCUGUGGUGCGUGCUGAAAGGAUACACUGGGGCUGGUGAACGAGCUAAAGAUUGUAAGUUUGCGGAGAGGUGGUUAUUAUGGCUGCAGCGGUUCAGGUGCGGGUAUACCUGUGGGUCGGGUAUCUAAAUGUCUAAUCUUAUGCAAUAUUGUCUACUUUGCUCCUUUUUAAAGUUUUAUGAAACCCGUUUCUGCCCGCCCACUUUUGAUGACGUCACUUCCGGUUUGCAGCACUGUCACUUCCUGUUUGAUGGUCGGUGGGUUGCGGACAAGGCAGUUGCGGGUCCGGGUUGGGUAGCGGAUCCAAGUGGCUAAAUACGCGGGCUGUGGUUCGGGCUGUGGUUCGGGCUGUGGUUCGGGCUGUGGUUCGGGCUGUGGUUCGGGCUGUGGGUCAGGGUUGGGUCAGGGUCUUAGAAAUUGGUUCCACGCAGGACUCUAGCUGCAGAUAUACUUUGUCUCUAGAGGGUCAGAAUUUAAAGACAAAAUGUAAAUAAAAAUGUAUAUUGGAAAUUUCGUUUAGGCCAUAUACUAAAAAAAAGGGAUAAUUUGCAGUAUUCCACACCUCUACUGCUAUGGUCUUGUAGAGCACAACUACUGUCACUAGGUGCUGCUGAAUUUUCAGCAUCACCUUGUGACCAGAGAACCCCUAAUUAAUUGUUCUGCA